UCGUCAUUGCAGUAGGUCGUGCUUUUACGACAGCGCGGAAUCACGUGUUUCUUAAGGUUACGUUAUUAUUUUCGCAUUUGUUUACAAGCGUGAAACUGUUACAAAAUAUUUGUAUACAGUGCUAAGUUUGGGUACUGAGGAAGCUUUUGACAUUGUAAAUUAAGAAUGGUGCGAAAUUACGUUCGUAAAACCGAUAGAGGGGGUUGGACGGAAGAGCAGAUGAAGAAUGCUGUUUUAGCUGUAGUGGAAAAUAAAAUGGGUUAUUACUUAGAUGCAAAAUCUUUUGAAGUUCCUCAAACUACGUUGGAACGAAAAGUAAGAUUGGCUAGAGAAAAUAUGGACAAUUUACAAAAACUAAAAGUACCUCUGGGUCCAAAAUCUCGUCAUAUGAUCCUACUGUCUUCUGAGACCACUAAUAUAAAUUUAGUACAGGAUCAAUUACCCCAAGCUAAUAUUCUCCAAAAUCCAGCGGAAAGUACCAACCCAAGAUUAAAUGAGAAUGAGAGCAAUCCUAAUACAUCGAAGCAAUCAUCAAGCACACAGUCUCAGUCCUCCAGUCCUCAGCCAGGUUGUUCAUUUUGGAACACAAGUCGAAAGGAACAGCUUCAUUCGCCUACACAAAAUACGUCAUUUGCACUAGUUAGUCCUAAGCAGCUACUGCCGCCACCGGUUACCACAAAGAAAAACAGAAUCCAAACUAGGAAAAAAGGGACGACUGCAGUUAUAACCUCUUCGCCUUAUAAGGAAGAGCUGGAGAAGGAAUUACAAGAAAAACAACAGAAGGGGCAACUAAAAGUCAAAAGGAACAUCGAUAGACAAAUGAAGAAAGAAGAAAAACAGAAAAUAAUCGAGGAAACAACUGCAGAAAAAAAACAGCAAAAUCAGAUAAGUCAAAAAGGAAAGCGUCCCAAACAUGACAAUGAGGACGACACCUCAUGUCUCUAUUGCAGUGGAUUAUAUUCCGAAUCGUAGAAGGCUAGAUAAACUGUAUAAAGUGUAAUAAAUGGGCGCAUUGCGGUUGCGCAGACGUUGAGGAUGAUGACGAUAAAGCCACGCACAUGUGUUUAUUGUGUAAACGCAAGAAAUAGUUUUUUGGUACUAUGAGCUUCAGUCCCUUUAAGUUUUAUUAGGCAAUACAAUUUUAUUUUAGUUAAAUGUUGUUUAAUUCUUUUCAUUUCGACAUUAUAUUAUAAACCCCAUCUUACCCAACCUAUGGGGCAAGACGGGGAAAAUCUUACUUUUUGUUUUCCCAGAUUUAAAAAAAAUAAAUAAAUUUUUAAUUUGUUUUCGGCUAUUAUUUAUACACAUAUAACCAAUGAAUACUAUAAAAUAAAAAAUA